UUUUUAUGAACUUAAAUUAUUACUUAAAUAAAUACUCAAAUAACAAAUUAAAUAUGUUUCAAAUAAUUUUAUUAAUUUUGGAGUUUAUAGCUUUAAUUUUUUUGGUUUGUUCCUUCUUUCUCGAUAAAACUCCAAAAGAAAUUUUUUCAAAAAUAUUCAGUUUUAUAAAAUUUAAUUCUGCCAAAUGUUUUUUGGAUGAUUACGAUUCUGAAGCUUUAAAAAAUAAAUUUAAUUACAAAAUUAAUACAAUUACUUGCAAAACUGAGUGGAAAUUAGAUGGUUUUAGAGAUGUUCUCAGUAUUUACAGCUACAGAGGGCCUGUAAUUUUAACAAGUAACAAAUUUAAUUGUCGAGAACUUCCUAAUGUUUUUUGGGAAUUAUACUUUGAGAUUGGAAAGAAGGAUUGGCGAAAUCCCAAUCCCAAUCUUACUAUCUGGCUUCGUCAAACAGGCCCAAACGGUGUUGGGGGGCUUGUAAAUACUCAAUAUAAAAUUUACUCAGUGAAGGAUGAAAAUGAGAGAAUAUAUAUUUCCAAGUUUAGAAAGAAUUUUUUUAAUAUUAAAUAA